AAAUGCUUCAACAAUUUCCAAUCCUACAAUUGCCAACAUAGAAAAUCAAUGGAAAUCUUUAUCAGAAACCGACAAAUCUAAUCUCAUAAAGAAACUUGAAGAACUACAAAAGCAGGACUGGAAUAAGCUAUCUAUUGACGAUAAAAGAGCAGCUUACUAUGUUUCAUUUGGACCUCAUGGUCCGAGAGAACCAUUUAUUGGACCAGGUCACACGAGUAAGGUAUUUAUUGGGGUUGGCGGUGUUCUUGCAGCAUCUUUAGGAUUCCUUCUUUUUACCCAUAAAGCAGUUCCCGAACAUCCGAGGACCUUAACUAAAGAAUGGCAAGAAGCCACUAAUGAAAAAAUGCUUCGUCAGAAAGCAGAUCCAAUAACUGGAAUAUCAUCUGAGGGAUAUAAAGGAAAAGGUUACGUUGAAUAA